GUGCCGAAGAAGAAAAGAAAAUGGCAGAAGCCACCCCGGAAUCUGCUGGACUUCUGCAGGAUGAGCCUCCCAUGAUGCCGGUGGAAACGGACAAUGCAAAAUCAAUUCGCAAGAAGUCAAGAAGGAGGAAUCGCAAACCCAAAAUGAAUUCACUGGAACAGGAUAUUGAUCUGAAGGCCCUGAAGCUAUGUGACCCUAACAUCAUCGACAUUACCGACUUCACGGGCCAGGUCGUGCUGUACACCUUCAUCCCGGACAUGCAACAGUGGGACAAGACGAGCAAUGAUGGAAUCUUAUUUGUCUACAAAAGGUCAACUGCUCCAUGUUAUGGUUUUACAAUUGCGACUCAACCGGACAUUUUCUGUCUAAUUGAACCAGUGAACAGAGAUUUGGAAUUUCAACUCGACGAACCGUGUAUUCUUUAUAGAAAUUCAAACGGGUCAAUUUACAAUAUCUGUUUUGAGGACAAGAGGGACUGUGUGCGCAUUGCACGCUUCAUGUUUGAAGCUGUGAGACAGGAAACUCGACUGUACCACCAACUUAUUCUUGCUGGACAACUUGCCAACCAAAAUCCUGAUGAUGAUGAUGAAAAUAAACAUGUUGAUGUCCUGGAAAUGCUGGUUAAAGCCCGGGAAGAAUAUGAACGAAAAUACUCUCCUGGCUUGAGCACCUCGAGCCCCCAGUCAAACCCAGGAGUCCCAGAAGAUGAUCCUCUCCCAGCACCAACAAACCUAACGUCUCCAGUAGAAGUGUUUCCAGUGGUUCCGGGAAUUCAAGACAGGCAGGUUCACCUUCCGCAGUUGGUUACCCAGCAGCCAAAUCCUCUGCCUUCUCCGGUUCUUUGGUCUCCUUGUGUUUUCCAGUCACCACCCUCAGGGUUCCCUCUGCUCCAGGGUCAUGCCAGCUCCCCUCCUCCAGCAGUUUCUUUACCACCUAUCCGGGCAUAUCGUCCCAUCAUUCUCAACAAGUCUGAGCUCCAAGAUACACUGAUACAUCUAUUAAAGAACGAUUCCAGCUUUCUCAAUACGCUGCAUGAAGUCUAUCUGCAAAUUCUGUCCAAGAGUCUGAGUAACGUCAAACUGUAAUUGGAUCUAAAUGUUAUUGAAAGUAUACCCAUUUCAAAAGCCAGUGUGCCUCCCUCAAUAACAUAUUUUCAUGUUUUAAGGCAAUUCUUUGUUAUGAAAGUUUUGAAAUUGAAUCUUAAUGUUUUGAGUAAUACUCUCAGAAAUGCAUUUCACUGGUGAAGUUUCACCAGCAAAUAUUUGUUUUAAUGAAAAAAGUGAACAUUUGUUUUGAAUUUCAUUUGUAUCUGCAUGAAGAAAGUAUGCAAAAUGCAGUUUUAAUUUCUCAUUUUCAAUAGUUCAGGAAAAGCAGUGCCCAGUCUUUCCGGAAAGUAAAUGAGGAAAAUGCAGAAAUUCUCCUGGAAGGAAACUGCUCACCAUUGCUAAGAAAAGAAAGUGGUCAUUUACUUCCAAGAGAGACAAAUUUUAUUCAUUGUGAACCUUAGAAUUUGACCCAAUAUUUGUACUCUGAUCAAAAUUUAGCUGGGUGCAAAAGAGCUUCCAGUUUUUGAAGACCAAGGCUUGAGCUGGAAAGCAAUCCGAGACUCAGAACUCAAAGUUCUGACAUCUCAUGGUAAGAAUUGGGUUUAGGAUUGCAAAAUUGCCUUCCCCAUUCCAUCGCAAAGCCUGUUUUAUAGUAUGCCACAUUUUGCAGCAUUCUGCCUGGCACCCAACUCUAGGUGAAUCCCAGUUUGGGUAAAGCCAAAACUCUGUUAGGUGAGGAGAAAAUAUGUUUCUUUUUACAUGUGAAGGGUACUGUGGCAUAAUCUAAUGUUUUUUCUCCUAUGUGAAAAAGUAAAAGUUAAAGUAAAAAAAAAAAGGUUAAAAAAAGUUUUAAAAAAGUGAAAGUUUUAAAAAAUUUUGUUCCUUGACACUGUAACAAAAGGCCAGUGGAAUAAUACCUCAUAUUUGUUCUACAUUCAGCAGUUGUGCUGAUAGUAAUGUAUUUCAAGCCAUGAAGAAAAGGAUUAAUUUGUUAACCUUUUGCCUCAUUUGUUAGUGUUAGUGUUCAGAAAUUUGAAACUUUUCAUUAAGUUUUGCCAGUCUGUUCAUUAGGUUAAUAUGUCUCCAUUUCCAGACAGAAGUGGGGAAAUAAUGUGGUCCUAUUGGCCUGUUAUGAUUUGCUUAUUAUUUUAGGACUUAUUGUGUUUAGUAUUGUUUUUAGUUAAAAUAAUUUCUAUUUACUUUAUGUUAUCUUGUGAUAUUUAGCCCAUUGAGAUAGUGCAUCGUUUACAUUGUGGAGGCACUAUAAGAAUGAAUAAAAUAGGUAAAAUUGACUCUACCAAGCAGCAUAAGGAUGGGCUGUGAUGAUAGCUGCCAGAAACAAGAUCUUUCCUUGGAAGUGAUCAGAUUAACCUUUAAUGGCUACACAAUCACAAAUUGAAGGGCUGUUUUUUUAUUUUUAAUUAUUAUUUUUCUUUGGCCUUCAGUUCUGAGCAGAAAUUACUAUUUUUGUUUUGCUUGAUUUUGUUUAGCUAACUCUGCUUCCUGAAUAAUUUUUCAGCCUCUCAAUUCGUUGUUUCCAGUGGAUUUUCAUUAGUACUCUGGUGAAAAAGUGUUGAUUUCACUAAGAUUUUUUUGUGAGUCCUCAAUUAGACAUAUUUUGUGAAUAAAUUCAAUAACCAAAAUUUGAUUGUCACCUGAAAAUAGGAAGUUAUUCUCAGAUGACUUUGACAUUGGCUGAGGUAAUUAUCUGGAUAAUUUUGUCAAAAUCUAGAUAGUUUUGGUAGGGUAAAUGAGACCUAAAAUUUGCCUUAUCACUCAAUCUUUCUCUUCAGGAAUGUUAUACUCACUUACAUAUUUAAACUUUUCUCUACUGAUUUUUCUAGAACCUUGUUUUUAAGAAAACUGAAGAUUGGUGUUAAUUCAAAAAACAAAGCAUUCUUUCUAGUGGCUCCAGGAUAUUUACAUGUUCCCUAAACUUUGUACACCCAUUUUCACUUAUAUGUGUCACCUACUCCAAAAAAUAAAAAAAAAACUUUAAUUCUCAGUUACUGUUCUUUACAAUAAGAUGGCCUUUAAGAGAAUAACAUCCAAUAAAGGAUCUUUUCUUCCUAGACAGAAGUUCCUUUUCCUUAUGUUUUCUGAGCUAAUGCUCUUGAUGAUGAGGAGGAAGAAGCACUUUUGAAAUGUGAAAUUUAGUUUUCUGGAGAUGGGUAACUGCAUUAAUCCCAAAUUCUCAAUUUGCUCUCAAUUUUGAGGACUCGACUCACAUUAGUUCUGUGUCAGAUACCAGGAAUCAUCACACAGGAUUAACGUCAACAUGAAAGGCACCACUUUAUUUUUGCUAAAAUGUACAAUAAUUUGUAUUUUAUUCUAAGCAUGAACCCGUUUUCUUUAGACUAUGUUCCAAAUGAAUUCUGUGUGUCAAAGCACAUGUAAUUUCUACAUACAACAUGAGAUCUUCUAAAAAACAAAUUGCAUUGAAUUUCCUACCAGUGAAAUAUUUUAAAAUAUGCAGCUUUAUUAUUUCUCCAAAAAAUGUAGUUUUAGGUUAUUUCUCAGUUUGGCAAAAGGUAGGAACUCCUAUUUUGUUUUUACCACUUCCAAAAAGUUACCUAACAGCUCACAUUUCAGCAGCCAACAUAAGGUAAAAUUGAACAGAAUAUGCAAAUAAAAAGGAAUAAGAAGCAAAAGGAAUAAUAUUGGUACUAUUAUUAGCAAUAAUAAGGUUGGUAAAAAUACAUUUCAUUAGAUAGAUAUAAAUAGCUUAACAAGUAUUCGUGUGCUGCAUUCUCACUGAGCAUUUGCUGCCAAUUGUUUUAUAUUUAUGUUCAUAUUGUUUUGCUUAUUCUAGUUGACUUCUUGGAAAAUGUAAUAUCCUGUGCCUUCAAGUGUUUAAAUUAUAAGAGAGGAUUAAAAAAAAAAGUUUAGAUUUAUUUCAAUGAAUCUGAAAACAACCAACAGUUAGAUUAAGGAGUUUAAGGUUUUCAGUAGAACUCACGGAAAAAUGGCUCACUUCAGUUUGGUAAAAUCUUGUUAAGAUGUGAUAUCUCUCCAUUUUAAGCUUAAAAGACAUACACUUUUAAAUGUACAAAAGGGUUUUACCACUUCAGCCUUUUCCCUUAAAUGUUCUUUGCAUUUGAAGAUGCUUUACUUCCUGAGAGUUCUAGUGAAGAAGGUUUGUAAAUAUUAAUUCUUUAAGGUUUUGUUGAAUAACAUGAAUUAUAGGCCAUCAAUAUGUUUGCAUAUUUCAAUUCAAUUCUUUUCAAUUGAACCCUUUUCAACUUAAAAUUUGAGUAUUUAAAAUAAAGUUUCUAAAUAAAAAGUUCAUUACUAAAAA